CGUUGUGAGGCCGUGUCCCGUGACGCUACCGAGGGGCGGGUUAUUAACAACAGAGUCGGUCUGUUGUCGAGCUAACGAUACCGAGCCACGGAGCCUGUGUGUUGUUUUGAAUUUGAUCGAAAGACACCGAACGGAGGGGGGGCUAGUUUGUGCCAGUGGAUAAGAUGGCGGAUGUAGGAGGCGAUGAAACUCGGCCGGCUCUUCCUUCUUCGGCAUCCCGGAACGGUCCGGUCGUCGGUUCGUCCGUUGGCACCGUGGGCCAGAACGCCACGACUGUAACGUCGGGUCCUCGGGUGGUGAGGAUCGUCAAGUCCGAGUCCGGUUACGGUUUCAAUGUUCGCGGUCAAGUCAGCGAAGGGGGACAGCUCCGGAGCAUUAACGGGGAGCUGUACGCCCCUCUCCAGCAUGUCAGCGCCGUUUUGCCCGGGGGUGCCGCAGACCGAGCCGGGAUAGCCAAGGGUGACCGGAUCCUGGAGGUAAAUGGGGUGAGCGUGGAGGGGGCGACCCACAAGCAGGUGGUGGACCUGAUCCGUGCCGGGGAGAAGGAGCUGGUUCUGGCUGUGCUGUCAGUUCCACCUCAGGAGGCUGAUGGACUGGAAGGAGGAGAGGACGUCCAACCCAACUACGACUACAGUGACAAGCAGGCUGUGCCCAUUUCUGUUCCCACAUACAAGCACGUAGAGCAGCACUCGGAGAGGUUUGUGGUGUACAAUGUGUAUAUGUCGGGCAGACAGCUGUGCUCAAAACGCUACCGGGAGUUUGCCAUCCUGCACCAGAACCUGAAGAGGGAGUUUUCCAACUUCAACUUCCCAAAGCUUCCUGGUAAAUGGCCCUUCUCCCUCUCUGAACAGCAGCUGGAUGCUCGGCGUCGAGGCCUGGAGGAGUAUCUCGAGAGAGUUUGCUCUGUGCGGGUGAUCGGGGAGAGUGACAUCAUGCAGGAGUUUCUCUCUGAAUCAGAUGAGAACUACAACGGAGUGACGGAUGUAGAGCUGCGGAUAGCUCUGCCAGACAAGACCACCAUCUCUGUCAGAGUCCGUAAGAACAGCACCACAGACCAGGUGUACCAGGCAUUAGUGAUGAAGGUUGGAAUGGACAGUAUUAUGGCCAGUUACUUUGCCCUUUUUGAAGUCAUCAACCACUCUUUUGUGCGGAAGCUGGCACCUAAUGAGUUUCCCCACAAGCUUUAUGUGCAGAACUACACGUCAGCAGUGCCCGGGACUUGCUUAGCGCUCCGCAAAUGGUUGUUCAGCUUCCAGGAGGAGGAGUUGCUCAGAGACAACGCACUGGCACUGCAUUACUGCUUUCACCAGGCGCUGGAUGAUGUGAAGAAGGGAUUCAUAAAAACAGAGGACAAAUCCUACCAGCUGCAGAAACUGGCAGAGCAGCGCAAGAUGGCCACGUACCUGAGCCUACUGCGGACGUGUGAGGGCUACAAUGAGGUGACCUUCCCCCACUGCUCCUGUGACUCCAGAAGGAAAGGCCACGUCAUCACAGCCAUCGGCAUCAAUCACUUCAAGCUGCACGCCUGCACCGAGGAUGGCACGCUGGAGAACCAAGUAAUAGCUUUCGAGUGGGGGGAGAUGCAGCGCUGGGACACCGACGAGGAGGGGAUGGCUUUCUGCUUCGAGUACGCCAGAGGAGAAAAGAAACCACGCUGGGUCAAGAUCUUCACUCCAUAUUUCAACUACAUGCACGAGUGCUUUGAGCGAGUCUUUUGUGAACUGAAGUGGAGGAAACAGGUUGAGGAAGAGGCGUCUGAUAAAGACAACAAAAACUGCAGCAACAGUGAGUAUCUGCCUCCUCUGGAGACACAGCAGAAGGGAUGGCGCCACCUAGGGGGGGAGAUCGCGACUUCCUAAAACCCCCAUAUGUUACAUCCCAUGAACUAAAAAACUGGUCCACACGCAUCAUCACAGCCACCCCAGAGAGCGCCCAUCGACAGCCCUGAGUGACAGACCGAGGCGAAUCCCUGCCCCCGACAAAACAAACCGGAUUUGGGAAAAAUUCGAAAAGUCACACUGAACUGAACUGAACCCGGGGAGACACACACACACAUGCACGCACACGCAAACAAACAAACACACACGCAUAUAGAAAGAAGAGCAUGGAAGGAAAAUAAACACAAAACAACUUUCAUGUCAGUUACUAGAUCUCCAUCAUAGUGUGUCAGUCGUCCUCCUCCGUGCGUCUGCCCCGUGACGUGGGCCCCCGGACACAAGCAAAUCCUCGCAACUGUUUGACUCCUAACGCAUCGGCGCGACGUCGCUGCGGCACCGAUGGCGCAACAGGAGCACCUCAAUGAAAACGGCACUUGGCGAAAGAGCUGACUUCUGGGACGAGACCGCGGCGGUCGGUUAGACCCGCGCAGUCCGAGUAAAUCCCUGCAGCGUGGACCUUAUCUGCAGAGCUGAGAUGAAAAUAAGAAGGGAGGGAUACUGAAAAUGUUUUUUUUUUUUUUUUUUUUUUUUUUUGCUUCUUUCACAGUUAGUGAUGAAGGAAAAAAAAGCAAAAAUGAUGCUUCACACUGAUGCUGGACAUUAACACGGAUGUCGUGUUUUCUGUCUCUGGGGUUGAAAACGGAGAUGACACAAAUGUAACUAAAUGAAAAGCGGUUGUGUGGUGGGAGGGCAGAGGGUUUGUGUUCAUAAUAAUUUGUAUGUUUAACAGCAUUACUUCUGAUGAAAUAUAGAUUAAUAUAAGAGCUAUAAUAAUUGAUUUCUUGGUCUAACACAAUGAAACGUUAAUUGAAGUGUAUUCAGGUCUAACUAACCUUCAUUUUUUCCUCGUCUUCUGGUCUCACCCACACUAGGAAACGACAUCUGUUGGCACAGGCACCCAUUUAUGUCAGUAUGGAUAUUUAUCCCCCCCCUUUGCAAGAGUUUUAUUGUGGUGAUUUUGCAGAGCUUGGAAGUUGAGAAGAAGAGACUCAGUCUCAGCUCUGUGCACAAAUAAUCUCUUGACGGGCCAAAGCUUUUUUUUUUUUUUCAUGGAAAUUGUCACUCCGUAUAUACGUUGAUAUCUUGCUGACAGAUUGUGACCGUAAGGACGAGGAGGAGGGUUUUUGGGGUUUGAGGGUUUUUUGAGUGGCUCUGUUUAGCUGCAGUUCUCUGAUCAGCCAGCAGGGAGCAGCAGAGCACAAGUCCAAGUUAGUAGUGCGUUUUGAAAUGGAAAAAAUCAUCUCAGAGCUUCUUGAAGAGUGAUCCCUCUGGCUGUGUAACUCACCCAAAAGUGUCACUCCACUGCGGUUUGUCCAUUAACCAGUUGUGUGUGUGUAUGUUGUACAGAAAGUAUCUGGUGCAUGAAGUUGUGCGACUGCAACCACAGGUCUUUGCUUCCGACUGCACCUACAUGAACACAGUAUUAGUUGUGUGUGUGUAAGCACAUGACGUAUGAUUUUAUGACACUGUUUUUUGUUUUAUCAGAUUGUUGUUUUUUUCAACACAGAUAUUGGACAUA